AUGGGAUUCCCUCCAAAGGGGGACGUCACUGUUACUACUGACAUCCCCAAGGCCUCUGUCUGCUGGGACCUGACCUUCACAGCAGUGAUCGCGUUCCUCUCUGUCUGCUUCCCGCGGCUGCUCUCACAGAGCACCACGGACUCUGACACCGUGUACGUGGCUGAGACGACAGAAAUGCUGGCCCUCAGCAUUCUGCCGUCCAGAAGCCAAAGCAAGGUGGACCUUCACCCAGUGUUCUCCCCGUGGGCACGCCUGUGUCCAAAACUCCUUUUCAUGAGGGCAUAG